CGAGUCGUCGACUCGUCGUCUUCUCUUCUCUUCUCUCCUCUUCCAUUCCAUUCCGCAGCUGUGUCCUCUGCUCUCCCAAAUCAAUUCACUACCGCCAGCGCCGGAUCCAAGAGGAGUUGGAGGAAGAUGACUGUGGGCAUGAUCAACGCAAACCCGGUGGUGCACGAGCGGCCGGAGCGCGCCGCGCACCCCCACGCCGCCGACGCGCUCGACCCGCUCGAUGUCUUUGAUACGGUGCGGGAUAUCAAGGACCCGGAGCACCCGUACUCCUUGGAGCAGCUCAGCGUGCUGUCGCAGGAGUCCGUCUCCGUUGACGAGAAGCUCGGACGCAUCCAGAUAACCUUCACCCCAACCGUGCAGCACUGCAGUAUGGCCACAGUCAUUGGUCUGUGCCUCCGACUUAAGUUGAUGCAGAACUUCCCUCCACAUUUCAAGGUUGACAUCAAAGUUGCUCCAGGAUCUCUUGCUAAUGAAGAAUCAGUAAACAAGCAACUGAACGACAAGGAGAGAGUUGCAGCAGCUUUGGAGAACCCCAACCUACGCCAGUUGGUUGAUGAAUGCUUAUGCUUCAAUGAUCCAUACUCACGUUAACUUGUUCCAUGCUGCUUCACUAGUCACAACCUGCCUGCUGUGCUGUACAGUUGUAACCAUGCAUGCUGUAGUUUGCCCAAUAUGUUGAAACUGUUGUUAUACCUAGCAACAUAUAUAAUUAACUGCCCAAGACAUCCUUUUUUGUCUUUAAAAAUGUAUGAAUCCCAGAGUAUGACCAGAGUUGCCUGCUUAUGUGACAUUAACAUCCAAAAGCAAGUGCUAUUUAUUGUAAAAUCUUGAUCUUUGUGGAUCAUCUGUACCGGAAGUCAAUUCUUAUCUUGUUAUGUUCGGCCCGGAAGUGGACCUGUUAUACUGUA